CCCCUCCCAGCCCCGGACAGACGGACGGACGGCGGACGCACGGCGAGGUGGUCGUGGCUGCGGCGCCCGCCGCUCUCAGGUAGCUGCCAACACUAGUCCUGGUAUGCUGGGCAUCUUUCCAUCUUGGAUUCGUAUAGAACACCAACGUAAGUUAAAGCAUUUUUGAGCUGGAAAGAAGGCUCCUGGUCCCCAGCCCCUACAAUGUGACUCUUCAGGCUACUUACUGUUUCCCAAGUGGACACCUGCUCUGGUUCGAGGUAGUCACAGAAAGCAAUUAAAAGAAAACAUUGUUUUCCUGAUAAAGCAACACAAAGAAUAAGACAAAAAAGAAAGGAAAUUCACCUUGAGAAAAUCCAAAGCACCUUGAAGUUUUAAAGAAACCUUCUGUCAUCUGCUGCUACAGUGACACUGGGCCCUGGGAUGUAGCAAGUGCUUCGCAUGUCAAUGAUAAUCGGGCUUGAACUCAACCCAAAUCAGCCUUGAUCCGAAGGCCUUCCCAUCUGUUAACUCACUGGAUCGUCCCUCCGAGGGAGGUGGAGCCUUGUUGGCUUCCUUCUUCGGAGCUGUGGCUGCUCCUUUCUGCUCACUCCUAGUCUUCUGGCUUCUAGCAAAAUUGGCAGAGGACAGGAUCUUCCAGCUAACAAACCUGUCUGGAGACACACGGGCAGCCUCCCCUCGACUGCAAGGGAUUUACCUGGAUCCACAUCGGCGGAGGACCGUGCCAAGAAGAAGUUGUUGUUUCCUCUUCGGCCACAGAAGUAAAAACAGACGACUACUUCGAAGAGCUGCUGUGAUCCAUGGGGAGAGUGAGAACUAGCCGAUGAAGACCUUGCCACGCGCUGAGAGCGGAGCAGCAAGCGCGAAGCUCCGUGGAAAAUGUCUGCUUGCAACGCCUUCACUGAGCACGUCUGGAAGCCUGGUGAGUGCAAGAACUGCUUCAAGCCCAAGAGCCUGCACCAGCUGCCCCCGGCCCCAGAGGCGGCCCCCCUGCCCCACAGCGCCACCAGGACCAACGCCAACCACAGCAACAACCACCGAGUCCGGAGCACGGGGAGCUUCCGGCCCCCAGUGGCCAAAAAGCCCACCAUCGCCGUGAAACCCACCAUGAUGGUGGCCGGCGGGCAGAGCGUGAGCGCCGAGGCCGGCCCCCCCGAGCACUGUGAGAGCAAGCCGGUGGUCAUCAGCUGGACCCGAAACAGGGCUUCCCUGAACAAGAAACCACUGAAUAAUAAUAACAAUAAUGAAGAAGAGAUUGAAGGAUUUAGCCACGUCCAUAGGCCUUUGGGCACCAAUGACAAUGGGAGUAAGAUAGCCAAUAACAAUAAUGGACUAACUGAAGUGCUGAAGGAGAUUGUGGGCUUGGAUCCCACUCCUCAGCGAAUGGGAAAUGAAAUUAACUCAAGGGAAACCUUCUUGGGAAGAAUCAAUAACUGCUACAAGCGGUCGUUGGAAAGGAAGCUUCCUCCCAGCUGCAUGAUGGGAGGGAUGAAGGACUCUCAGAGCAAGCACGUUAUUCUGAGUGGUAGCACAGAGGUGAUCAGUAAUGAAGGUGGUCGGUUUUGUUACCCAGAGUUUUCUAGUGAAGAUGAGAGUGAGGAUGAUGCGUUUUUUAGCAGUAUGCAUGAAGAACAUGAGAGCUGGGAUGAAAGUGAUGAAGAAUUGUUGGCCAUGGAAAUUCGUAUGAGAGGGCAGCCCCGCUUUGCUAACUUCAGGGCGAACACUCUCUCCCCUGUUCGAUUCUUUGUGGGCAAAAAAUGGAACACUGUCCCCAUGAGAAAUAAAUCUCUCCAGAGGAUCUGUGCAGUGGACUAUGACGAUAGCUACGAUGAAAUCUUAAAUGGUUAUGGGGAGGACUCCGUAAUCCCUUAUGGGCAGGACAGCACACCGAGCGUGGUCUCCUCUGAUUCCACGACCCCCGAAUCGUCCUUGACGGAGGAGUCUCGCUCAGGGACAGCCAGUAGCUCAUCUCAAAAACUCUGCAAUGGAGGGACGUCGCCUGGUAGCCCUAAGGAUGUUAAGGAGGUCCAGUCAAUUGAACCAGAUUAUGGAAACUCUGAUAAUCAGCAAAUGAAGGACAGUACCAGUGCUCCAAAAAGCCCCACCCAAGUAUUAGAGACCCACAAGGCAGUGCUUGCUCUCCGAUUAGAAGAGAAAAAUGGCAAGAUUGCUCUUCAGACUGAGAAGCAAGAAGGAAACAGUUCCACAGAUCUGACUGGGCAAGCGGUGACUAUAAACUUGGUGCCUCUGGAAGAACAGGCCAGGCCUUACCGAGUCGUGAAUCUGGAACAGCCAGUGUGCAAGCCCUACACGAUCGUCGACGUGUCGGCAGCCAUGACCGGCGAGCACUUGGACGGUCAGACUGAGAGUCCCAAAAUCAAAAGCACCUUGUCCACUCCAAAUUCCCCACUUGUGUCUCCCACCUCCACUUCAGCACAGGGAAAUGCUCAUUUCAAAAAAGCCAGUACCAUCCGAUACCAGGAAGUCUGGACGUCCAGUACAAGCCCACGCCAGAAGAUACCUAAAGUGGAACUAGUCACUGGUGGCACAGGACCAACUGUCCCUCCAAGGAAAAACUCCCCUAAGUCAGCCCCUACUUCACCCACAGCCACAAGUAUUUCUUCCAAAACGAUCCCGGUUAAGUCACCCAAUUUGUCUGAAAUCAAAUUCAAUAGUUACAACAAUGCUGGCAUGCCUCCUUUUCCAAUUAUCAUUCAUGAUGAGCCAACUUAUGCUCGUAGUUCCAAGAACGCUAUCAAAGUUCCCAUUGUGAUCAAUCCUAAUGCAUAUGACAAUUUAGCCAUCUAUAAAAGUUUUCUGGGAACCAGUGGAGAGCUGUCAAUGAAAGAUAAAACCACAAGCAUAAUAAGCCAUACUUAUGAAGAAAUAGAAACAGAGUGCAAAGUAGCAGAGAGUCCCACCAGCAAACCUGCCGAUGCUUCUCUAGGGAAGGGGCGGUCUAACAGCACAGAGCACAGGAAGGGCUCUGUGGCCCAGAAGGUCCAGGAGUUUAACAGCUGCCUCAGUAGGGGCCAGCCCUCCCCUCAGAGAAGGCAGAGCUCUGCCCAUGGCUCCCCAGCACGACCCCAAAGAACCACCCAGGAGCCUGUAGCCAAGAUCGAAGGCGCUCUGGAGUCGCCAGCGUUGGGCGGCGGCGGCGGCAGCCGGGAAAAGGCGAGCACCGUGCUCUCACAGAUCGUCGCUUCUAUCCAGCCUCCACAGUCUCCCCCAGAAACUCCUCCCCUGGACCCUGAAGCCUGCAGUGCAGAGGAACUGUAUGCCCUCCCUCCAGGGGACGAUACCCCAGCAAGUCCUCCCAUAAGGCCAAAAUCUCUCUUUGCUACUGCCCAGCCCAGCCACGAGAAUGAAGCCGCCCCAGCCGCAGAAAGCGCCAGUGCUCCCAUGCACAAGGAGCCACUUUCUAAGCCCACCACUUGUCACUCCUCCAAAUACACAGCUGGCACUCCUACCCCGAGUCCCCAGACGGAACCAGGUCCCCCUUUUCCCCCUCCGCGCUCCACUUCCUCUCCGUACCACGCAAGUAACCUUUUGCAAAGACACUUCAGCCACUGGAGCAAGCCGACCAGCCCCACCAGGUCAACAGAGGCUGAGUCCGUCCUGAGCUCGGAGGGCAGACGGGCAGCCGAUGCCAAGCCUAAGCGCUGGAUAUCGUUUAAGAGCUUCUUCCGCCGUAAGAAGACUGAUGAGGAGGAAGACAAAGAGAAAGAGAGAGAGAAGGGCAAGCUGGUGGGCCUCGAUGGCACGGUCAUCCACAUGCUUCCCCCCCCUCCCGUUCAGCGUCAUCACUGGUUCACUGAGUCGAGAACCGAUUCCAGUGAAAAGCCAUCGAUUGUUUUCAUGUACAGGUGUGACUCUGCCCAGACAGAGCUGAACAUCGACUCAGACAAGCCAGGGGUGGAGCGAGUAGUGAUUUCGGAUAAAAGUGAAAUAGAAGAAAAGGUCCUACAGGAUGCAGAAAAGAAGAAAAGGAAUCAUUCUUCUCCAUCUCAUAUUCCCAAGAAAAUUCUCAGCCAAGUGUCCCAUGAGGGGACAGUCGAGGGCCCUUCUCGAGUUCCAAGAGCGGCUCCUGUGAAGGAGGGUGGCAGUGAUGCGUCGGGCCUGCCAGCUUUGCCACCACACACCCCGGAGAGGGAAGAAGGGAAGGAGGAAGCCUUGGACCCUUCGGACGAGAGCCCUUGUAGCGCCACGUACAGUAACCUGGGGCAAUCCAGAGCCACCAUGAUUCCCCCCAAGCACCCUCGACAGCCAAAGGGGGCUGUGGACGAUGCCAUUGCUUUUGGGGGAACCACAGAGCAAGAAGUGACCCGCCCAUCCCAAGCCACACCGCCCCCCCUGCCAAAGAAAACGAUCCUGAGGGCCAACACAGAGCCUCUUCCCAAAGAUCUGCACAAGUCUCUGGAGAACAGUCUGUGUCUUCUGGCCAACCCCACCUAUGACAUGGAGGCCCACUGGGACGCCAGCAGUGGCGGCUCCUCCCUUAGCUACGAGCUCAAGGGCCUGGGGAAUGAGUCCUGUGAUUCGCUAGACAGGCCCCUGCCCAAAGACCGACGUGCGAGCGCCACAGCCCACAGUGUCUCCAGCCUGACCACUCUAGGCACGCGGGAGCGGUUCUGCACCAGCACUGAGUCCCUGACGGGGCGGCGGGCGGGGGCGCCUCAGGGUAAGGUGGGCAAGAGCGCCCAGAAGCCCCAGAGAACGGCGCUGUACCGAGGCAUUGAGAACCGGGAAGAGGUGGUGGGGAAAAUACGCAGUUUGCACAGUGACGCUCUGAAGAAGCUGGCUCUCAAAUGUGAAGACCUCUUCAUGGCUGGACAGAAAGACCAACUCCGUUUUGGGGUGGACAGCUGGUCAGACUUCCGGCUGACCAGCGAUAGGCCGUGUUGUGAAGCUGGCGAUGCCGUCUACUACCCGGCCUCUUAUGCCAAAGACCCACUCAGCAGCUAUGCUGUCAAGAUUUGCAAAAGCAAAGCUAAAGAGUCCCAACAGUACUAUCACAGUUUGGCUGUCCGGCAGAGCCUGGCCAUUCAUUUUAAUAUCCAGCAGGACUGUGGCCAUUUCCUGGCUGAAGUCCCCGUCCGUCUUCUUCCCUGGGAAGACCCCAAUGCCCCUGCGAAGGAAGAUGAAGAAACAGAUGAAGAGGAGGAAGAGAGAACUGAGCGGCAGAACAGAGACACGUCCCCUGGCGCGGAGUCGGCCAGCCAGGGAGGUGCCAGCAAGCAGCGCAGUCAUGUGGUGGUCAUCACGCGGGAGGUCCCCUACCUCACCGUGGCGGAUUUUGUGCGGGAAUCCUUAGCCCAGCAUGGAAAAAGUCCAGAUACGUACGAGCGCCAAGUGUGCCUGCUUCUCUUACAGCUGUGCUCUGGCCUCGAGCACCUCAAACCGUAUCACGUCACUCACUGCGACCUGCGGCUGGAGAACCUCCUCCUCAUUCCCUGCAAGGCGGGCGGAGGCGUCCAGAAGAGUGAGCCCAGUGAGCCCAGCCCCACCGCUGCUUGUCCAGCGAGACUCAUCGUGAGUAAUUUCUCCCAGGCCAAGCAGAAGAACCACUUGGUGGACCCAGAGGUCUUUCGGGAUCAGUCCCGCCUCGCCCCUGAGAUCAUCACUGCAACGCAAUACAAAAAAUGUGAUGAGUUCCAGACCGGCAUCUUAAUCUAUGAAAUGCUACACCUCCCCAACCCCUUUGAUGAGAACCCAGAGCUGAAGGAGAAGGAGUACACCCGUGCUGACCUCCCCCGGAUCCCAUGCCGUUCCCCCUACUCCUGGGGGCUGCAGCAGCUCGCCAGCUGCCUCCUCAACCCCAACCCUUCGGAGCGGAUCCUCAUAUCCGAUGCGAAGGGCAUCCUCCAGUGUCUUCUCUGGGGACCCCGCGAGGACCUGUUCCAGACUCUCCCCAGCCUGGCCAGCCCCGGCCAGAGAGCCGCCAUCCUCCAGAAUUGGCUGGACAUCAAGCGGACCCUGCUCAUGAUCAAGUUUGCGGAGAAGUCUUUGGACAGAGAGUGCGGGGUCAGCCUGGAAGACUGGCUCUGUGCUCAGUAUCUGGCCUUCGCCACCACAGACUCACUCGGGUGCAUUGUGAGCAUCCUUCAACAUCGCUAGGGUGCGUGGGAUGUUGGUUCCCAUCAGCGACCUCUGGUCCUCCCUGCGCACAUCCAUCCCCGUUCCUCUUUCCCCCAGAAAGUGGGUUACCCAUGGCACAGCCAAGGAAAGGAAAGGAAGACUGGCCGUUUUUUCCCAUCCCGGAGCAGAUGAGGUCCAUUGGCAUGGUCACCUCCAGCCCUCAGUAUGGUGGAGAACAGUCAGUCUUAAGUUUUCUAGAAAUUCGUCUGCAAGGAUAUGCAGUUGUCUUCCACUCGAAUAUCUCCCAGCCUAAUGUUUCUAUAAAUGUAGAUGAAUGAAAGGAAAAAAAACCAUCCCUAAAGGAACAGUUUCCUUGGGUGUGAAUGCGAUGAGCUACGAUUAAAUUCCCCCGUAGCUCUGGACAGUCCCUCACUGAGUUUUCAGCAUGUAAUAUUUUAAAUAGCAAUAUACAAAGUUAGCUGAUCCCCAUUAUCAACCGGUAAGCUCUCCAAAUAGGUGAUCUUUCUUUUUCUUGUUGAAAUAUCUGUUUGCUAUCCUAAGCACGUAGAGCUGUGAUCCUCGCCCUCUUGAUAGCCUUCCAGAGGGCCGCAUGGUAUACGGCAGAUGGUGGGGUGGGGCCCAGCCAGGUAAGCCUCACCCCAGGGGCUGGCGAGGGCCAAGACUGCAGAACCGUCCUUCCUUCGCCGCUCCAAAGCAUAUGUCCUGUGCAGAGGGCGAGCAGAGCCCCCAUCCUCCUGUCUCCAUCGGCAGCAGGUGCCACGGUGGCCUCCCUGGGAUGGGGCUGCCCUGUGCUCCUCCAGGCUGGGAGGGGGAACCAAGUCACAAGUGCCACUUUUGAUGAGUGUCAGAGCUGUCAGCUCUGGCAGCCCCACUAACAGUGCCCCGAUCACAGUUUGUCCCUAUGGCAGUAAUUGGCUCGCUCCCUUCUCUCGGCAGCCCCAGACCGCACUCCCCAGCAGAGUGGCUGUCAGCUGAGCUCGGAGAUGUAUUUAGAGGGAGGGGAGUCAGUGGCCCUCGAGGUGCUGGCCAGGCAGAGGAGGGAGGGGGGCCGCUCUCUGACCUUCUCGCCCCAGUAUCGGCCUCUUCUCCAUCAGCUUCCUCCCUAGACACGCGGCCCCAUACUCAGUAUUACUAGGUUUUCCAAAUCAUGUCUGAAGUCGCUCAGAAGGACCGGUGCUGGGAGCAUCUUGGAUUUGCCGACGCUGGGUGUCACCAAGCUGAUGGCCUUCUUUCUGAGCCUCGUGCUUCUCUCUGAUGGAUAUAUGUGCAAUUCUUGUAUGUAUUUUUUAAGCUGUGUCUUACAGUGUUUACGUUGCAACUUCGCCUGAAGCAAGCCCUAUGGAAUCCCUGCCCUUCCUCUCCUGGCACAUAAAUGAGCUUCAGAUAGGAGUGCUUUUUACAUAUGUGUGGAUGUUUGUAUGUUUAUUUCAUUCAAAACUGUGAGUAAUCCGUUUACUUCAGCCUUGAAAACAAAUUAGCCACUUUGAUCAUGUGUGCAUGCUGGGACCAGAGACAGGCCCCCGAUGCCAAGCAGCCUUGGGGCUCCCAACACCCAAGGAAGGCCCCCAGGGGCUCCGGGGGCCGAGCCCUCAGUUCGUGGGGGCCCGGAUUGAUUGUGCAGUAUUACGUAGCACAUUAGCAGCCUUGGAAAUAUUUCUAAACUUUGGCGAUUUUUUUUUAAGCCUUUCAUUUGAUUCACUGGUGUCUACGAGUGAUCAGGAAAGGAGAAGGAGAAUGUAUUUUAUUACAAUGUUACCUUUUUUUUUUUCUUUUUAAACAAAAAAAGAGAUGUUAAAGAGAGUUGGCUGAAGGUGCACUUCCUUCCGGUGUGUGUCAGUCAUCUCCCAUGGAAAGCCCCUGUUGAGGGCAGGGGGCAUCAGCCCCAGCCCCAACGCAGCCCCAGAGUUUAGAGCUGUAAGUAAGUUGGGGCACAUUGGCCCUGGUGCACCUGUGCUCCCCAAAGGCUCCUUCCCGUCCUCCUGCUCCCCUCCCCAAGCUUCAGCUUGUUUAUGUACAGGCCCAUGAUUCCUGGCCUAAUUACCCACUAUCCUGGCCACCCACGGCCCCAGGCCAUUCUGGCAGGCACGUCCUCCAACCCACCUGGCCCUUGGCAUUAUUGAGACAUCCAUUCUAGGUGUCACUGGUUUGGGCGACUUGCACCUGGCACAUUUUGUAGAGUUUUAUGUUUAGUGCACUUGGUCCCUGACCCUUCUUUGACCCUAGCUUUCUCAUUUCCUUUCUGUUUGUGUGUGUGAUGACUCGGAUUCUGGUCGUUCUUUCUAACUCUGUCGUAGAAUCGAGCAUCUCAUCACCAGAAGGUCGGCCACCAGUGGUAGAUCCUCGUGGCCCCAAAGAGCCUCGGCCGAGGUGCCCCAAGGCUGGGGCCCCCAUGGGGGAAGGGAUCAUGUGAUGGUGAGAUCACAGAUCCCUGACAUGUGAUCUGUCUGUCAGUCUCUCCAGCGUGGACACCUUUUUCUGCCUGUCUCCUAUUGUGUGGUAGCACUGGGAAUACUUAGCACCUCCUCUCGUCUGAUGGAAUGAUCAUUGUUUUAUUUGUUGGUUAUUGGGGUUUAGUUGGUUGGUUUUUGUUUUGCUUUUUCGGGUUGGGGGGAGAUGGCUACUCUUUCAAGGGGUAAAUGGAGACAGGCCAGACAGGGCCUGAGACUUCCCAGAGAUGAAGGACAGAAAUUGAUUUCCUCUGGGCAGUGCCUUGGGAGGAGAAGAAAGGGAUGAUUUCUUACAAAGAACCACAUCCAGUGAUCUUCCGAGAAUGUAAUUCCAAAAUAAAGUAUUUAGUCAUCUUCGUAAUUGUGGCAAAUAUUUUAAAUGUGUUUGAGUUGCAGUAAACAUCUUGAAUUCCUUCUCCACCUAGAGCAGAGAGCCUGCUCUUGGCCACAGACAGACGCAGGGGCGUCGGGGUAUGAGCACCAAAGCCCUUUCAGUUUUCUGAAGUAAUGACUACAGUUGGCAGUUGACAGUAUUGAUUGGAAAUAGAUUUCUUUUUUUAUUUUCCAUUGGAAUAGUUUAACUCUGUAUUCCAGACACUUCCAUCUAUAUCAAGAGAAUUGAAAAAUCAAGCAGCCUUUUGGACACCAUUUAAAGCGAGCGCUUUCAUAAAACUAGACAAAGAAAGCCAAAUCUCUGGCCUGUUUGGGCCAGCAGGAGAGCAGGACCAGGGCUGCAGCUGCCUGGGCCAGGGACGGGCUGUGUAGCGGGGUGAGUGCCUUGUUAGAAUUAAAAUCUGCUCUUGAAAGAGAAUUACUGCAAAGUCUACCAAAAUCCUGAGAAGCCUUAAGCGUUUGGUGGGAGGAAAGCAGCCUUUCAAACAGGUGCUAACUUGGGCCCUAGAGCAAUAAUGGUGGAUCUGGUAGGAUAGGGAGAAAUAGAAAUCUGUGGAAGCCGACAGUGAGAUAAGGUCAUCAGGAGAGAGCUCCACCCAGCCCUGAGCUUGAUUCGAAUUCAAAGCCGAGUUCUCUGGCACUGUGUCUGGGGCCAUCACUUCAGAAGAUGAAGCUGGUAGGUGUGGAGGAACCCUAGGGCCCCAGAGUUAUCCAACUGAGCAUCAAACACAUUAUUUAGAGUUUGGGAAAAUAAAUUUCAAUUCAAAAGGAGUAAGGUGAAGCCAUCUUUGCUUCACACUCCACAUGAGUUGGCGGCCUUGAUAUUCUAAGUCCAGAGACCUGUGUUGGAGAUAUUAAAAGAGAUCUCUCUCAGAGUUCAGUUUGCAAAAAUCUGGUUGGAAAUCCCUGGCUCUGAAGAACUUCCAAAGGGCCUCGGGUCAAGCAGAGUGAGCAGGGCAGCAGCAGGCUUCCCAGACCUGAGCCCUAUGUCAUCAUCUGAUGCUGGGGAGUCAAGAAACCUUCAUUCUCCCUAGGCUUCCCUCUCAGAGCUGCCAUUCUGCUCAAACUGUCUCUAAAUGAGUUAGCAGGAGCUAAGGAGCCGAGCAAAUGAUCUGCAAAGUAUGGACCUGGCCACAAGAAAUAGGAUGGGUUUGACAUCUUGGCAUUUUAAAGGAUCCUAAAAGCCUGAGUGGAAGGAGAGGCAUUCCUUCCACCCCUUUCUUCUCCAUUCCCCUUGCUAAUGGAUAGUUGCUACCUGUACCUUUACAGAGGGAGAAACAGAGGCUUACAGAGCUGAGUUUUUUUGCCAGGGUCGCACAGGACAGGGGAGUGGAGAGCGUGGGCUUUGUAAGAGUAAGGUGUUAGGAAGUGUCCAAGUCGGAAUUGGAACCCAGAGCUUCCUGAAACUGCCACCCCUGCUCCAGGAAGCUGGCUCAGCUUGAGGACUAAUGAGUUGUUCCACUUUCUCUCCAUCUGGGCUGUUCAUUUUACCUCAUUCCAGUUAAUACUAUUCAAGUCCCCAAGUGAUCAGCAACCUGGAAUUCCAAUCGCUGCUCUUAACUGUGCACUGAAAUCCAGCUGGCUGCCCUCAGCAGCCCCCAGGGAAUGUGGGCGGGCCCCAGAACCCAAAGGGGCUAGGAGGGAGGGACCGCACGACCAAGGCCUUAGGGAGAGAAGAUACCAAAGACGUGAAGCCCGUUCACCCUGAUGCUUAAGGCAAAGCUUUUGCCUAAGGUAAUGCCAGAGGAGGGGAAUAGACAGGCAUUCCACCUCCACCCCAGAAAAGACCUUUUUUUAUUUCUUUUUUUUUUUAAUAGCAAAGUCAUGUGUUGGACAGAAAGAAGAAAAACCACCACCUCCCUUCCUUUUCCACCCCCCUCCCCUCAAAAAACCCACACUGAGCUGAAUGUAAGGUUCCAAGGAACCUGACCUCUCCCCUUCUCCCUUCUCCAGGAAGGGGUAGGCAGGAGCGAAGAAACAACCCGUCUCUUUGACACUGUAUUUGAAGGAUUUUUUUUUCUUUUUAAUGAUGGUUUCAGUAGGUGAUGUUUUAAAGAAUUCUUGGGAGAUUUCUUUAAUGGAUUGUGAAUGUUUUUAUAAACCUUCCUGCAGAGGUAUUUACCACUCAUCAUUACCAUCAUGUAAUAGUUACUAAGUGCCCAGAAGGAGAAAGGGGCUCGCCAGCUGUCUCACCCUCUUGCCCAGGCCUGUUUGAAAUUAAACCCAGUUUGCUGCUACAGCACUGAGGCAGUGUUCUCCAUCUGAGCUGCCUGCAAUGAUCUCAGCCUUCCCACUUCUGGGCACUGCACCACUGAGGACAGCCUCCAUGCUAUGGGCCAGCCUCUUUACAACCAUCCCACCCUCUGUAUUUUUUUAAUCCAAGGUGGUUUCAGGGAUUCAGAGGAUGUUGGAAAUUUUUUUACAUAGAAGAAAUAUAUAGAUAUAUAUAUAAAUAUAUAUUACUAUGAACUUUAUUGUAUUUCAGAAAAUCCACUUUGCCCUUCUUGUGUGUGUGUGUGUGUGUGUGUGUGUGCGUGUGUAUGUGUGUGUGAGGGGAGGAGAGGGGAGGGUUGGAGUGCGUGUGUACCCACACACAGCAUAUAUGCUUGAAUGUUGACCUACCCAAAGGUUUCAGGGUAGACUCUUUGAAAGGACAACUCACACUGCUUAUUCAAACAUGAGUAGGCAUCCCUUCCCUUGCCGGUUUCAGAAGGUUCUAUGUCUGAGAGUGCUGGGUUAGGAUUCUCUGCUGUUGCCACACAGGGCAUCAGGGCCCUAAGACCACCUGUUAAAAGAGACUCUUUGGCUGUCUCUGGGUUUUGUCCUUGGAAUUUUCUUCCCAGUGACUCUUCCAAGCCUACCCCUCGCUCUGUGGAAGCUUUCUGUUUGGAAAGCUUGUCUCAUUUGCUUUAUCUGAAGCUUCAUCUCUCUGGUUACCCAUUUUAUAGAUGUAUAAAUAUAUAAACUAAACCUCCCUCUGUCAUUGGGGGGCACUUCUAUGCUCUGGUUUGCUGUGGUACUUUGCUGUGGACGCUGUGGCAUUCAUGUUACUGUGUAAAUAAACUCGUUUUAUUACACUGAAA